AUGUUGAUGUUGUCCUCCAGUACUAGUUGCCUUUGGAUUUGCGUGAUUCCAGGAGAUCUCACUUUUGCCUGGAUGAAACCGGUGUAUUCUGGGAAGAGUACAUCUCAACCACCAUCCACUGAGAGCUCCUUCGCAGACUUGACUAUCUGCACAUCGGACAUAGAAGCUGCCAACAUACUUCUUGCUGCAGGAGCUGAUGUCAAACUUCCUAAUUUUGGCGUGUCUAGGCAGCUAUUGUGCUUGGCAUAUUUCCGCUCUUCGACUAACAGCAUGGCGUCACGCGUGUACUUCAAAGAACGUGACGGCACAGCCAUUCGUGGUUUCAAAUGCCCUCAGAUGGAUUGGCAGAAAAAUUCUUUCCAUGAGGCGAGCAUUAUCAAGGAAAUUGCAGCCACGGUGUUUGGAGAUGUAUUGCAAGCAUUCAUCGUUGCUCGUUGCCAUGGUGCCUUUCCUGGAAGUACAGGUGGAAGCCCAUGCUCUGACGCUAUUGUUGGCGUGUUCCCACUUUCCGAAGAUAGGCCGUAUCUGAAUGUGUGGCUUAUGCUUGGACAACCUUGCUGCCUGGCUCUUGUAUGA